CGAGGGACGCUGCAUCGCCCGCUCAGCUACACGGGGCUGCGCGUUGCAUGGCUUCUCUCGAGCGCAGGGGAGUUUCUGGGCCGUGCUCUUUUAUUAUUAUUAAUACACCCAACUUCCCCGCACGUCCCUUCCUCGCGCUGACAGUGCUGCAGCGAGGCGCGUGAGUUUCCUUUGGUUCCCCCGAGCGCACGCCUAAGAACCCGCUUCUGCCGCGCGGAGUAACUUGCCGCCGCGGAGUUUGUGCGGAGUGGGAGCGUCUCUCCGGGACGCCGCAGCCUGCUGGGGGAGUGACUAGCGCGCCCUUGCCGGGAGCGGGGGCGGACGGACCGGCCUGCAGCGGGGAGGCUCCGAUCCCUGGCGGGGCAGCCUGGGGAGCGGACUCGCAGCCAGAGGAAGCGGCCCUGCGCACCGUGUGCCCUUAGGGGAAGGGGGGAUGGACCUCGCAUUGUUUCUCUGCUAAGCAACUCCUGCCGGGCGCUGGCGCCGCGGAACAUGGGCUCUUCGCCUUUGUCUCCCGAGUGAGCGAGCCCUUCGCACGCUGCCUUUGUGAGCCGAGCCCCGCGAACAUGGAUGUGACCAUUUCCGAGCUCAUGGAGCUCUUCCUGCAGAGCCCUUUGGUGACCUGGGUGAAGACAUUUGGACCAUUAGGGAAUGAAAAUGAAGACAAAUUGACUAUGUAUAUGGAUCUGGUAGAUGGUGUCUUUCUGAACAAAAUCAUGUUGCAAAUAGAUCCACGGCCGACAAACCAACGUGUCAACAAGCACGUCGAUAAUGAUGUCAACCUCCGAAUCCAAAACCUGACCAUCUUAGUCAGAAACAUCAAGAUUUAUUAUCAGGCAGUCCUCGACUUUACGAUGUUUGACUUACCACGAAUGGCACUUACGACAUUUCUGAAUUGACACCCUGAUUCAACUAACGACAAUCGGUUUCAACUUUACGACGU